AUGGCGCAGGUGAAAGAUGCAUAUAAAAGUUCAAAAAGUGCAAGCUAUGAUGAUUACUUUGAUAUGGUUCAAUGCCGAAAGAAGUUGCCACAUUCAUUGCAAGAGACUCUAACAGAUGCAUUUGCGAAAAUUCCAGUUUUGUCGUUCCCACAAGUCCCCGGAGGCAAAGUGAUCGAGAUUCUAGCAGAUACAACUAUCGGCGAUGCAGUGAAAAUCUUAUCAGAAUCCAACAUUCUCUCGGCUCCCGUGAUAAAUCCUGAUCAAAGAAAUAGUAUGGAUUGGAGGGAGAGGUACUUGGGAAUCAUUGAUUACUCCGCCAUUGUUCUUUGGGUGCUACAGAAUGCGGAAAUGGCAGCAGCUGCUUUAUCAGCCAGUUUAGCAGCAGCUGCUGGGGUCAGUGCAGGUGCUGCUGGUGCUAUUGGGGCUCUAGCAUUAGGUGCAACUGGUCCUGUGGCUGUUGCCGGACUGACUGUGGCUGCAGUUGGGGCAGCUGUGGCUGGGGGUGCGGCUGCAGAUAAAGGAAUUGGGAAAGAUGCCCCAACUGCAGCCAAUAAACUCGGUGAAGAUUUCUACAAGAUUAUCCUACAAGAGGAACCUUUUAAGUCGACCACGGUUAGGUCAAUCCUGAAAUCCUACAGAUGGGCACCUUUUAUACCGGUUGGAAAAGAUAGUUCGAUGUUGAGCGUUAUGCUGCUACUCUCGAAGUAUAGGCUGCGGAAUGUGCCUGUGAUUGAAACAGGCAGUCCAUCUAUUAAAAACUUUAUCACUCAAUCUGCAGUGGUACAGGGUCUAAAGCAAUGCAAAGGAAGGGAUUGGUUUGAUUGCAUCUCCACCCAUCCUAUAUCCGAGCUUGGACUUCCAUUCUCGCCCCCAGAUGAGGUUGUUAGUGUCCAGGGUAAUGAAUUGGUUCUGGAAGCAUUCAAGAAAAUGAAAGAAAACGGAAUUGGAGGUCUUCCCAUUGUUGAGGGGCCAAAAAGGAAAAUCAUUGGCAACCUAAGCAUAAGAGAUAUCAGAUUUUUGUUGCUUAAGCCUGAACUUUUCGCCAGUUUCAGGGAGCUCAGUGUCAAGGACUUCAUGAGUACUAUUGCUUCAGCAACAAAUGACACUGGAAGGAUUAUCACACCAAUAACGUGCAAACCUGAGUCGACUUUCAGUAGCGUGAUAGAUGCUCUUGCACUGAAGUCAGUUCAUAGAAUUUAUGUGGUGGGUGAGGAAAAUGAUGUAAUUGGUGUGAUUACACUCCGAGAUGUGAUCUCCUGCUUCGUAACGGAACCACCCAACUUCUUCGAUAAUUACUUCGGGUUUGCUGCACAAGAAAUGUUAAGUUCUACCUCCCGUGACAUUUGA